AUGGUGCUGCGCCUCCUGUCGGAGGGGUGCGCGGCGCGGCUGGCGCACCUGUGCGACGCCGUGCUGUCGCUGGAGCCGCUGGCGGACGACUCUGACGUGUACAGGCUGGUGCCAGACCAGGCCAGCGCCAUCGCGCUGCUGCACGUGCGCCGGCUGCCCGGCAACAGCCUGUGGCGGCCUAGGCCGGUGGGGGAGCCGCUGUUUGUUGUCCGCGGCAGCCGGCGGCGCGGCCUGGCGCUCACCGCCUUCGAGGUCGACCCGGAUGCUGCAGAGGGCCGCGAAAACGGCGGCGGCGGCGGCGGCGGCAGCGGCACGGGCGGCGGCAAGCCGGCGGCGGCGAUGCUGUGCGCGGGGCCGGGGGGCGCAGGCAAGGCCUUGGAUUUCUGA